AUGGCAGGGAUGAACCUGCAUAGAAUCGCCUCUGCCCUUGUUCGAUUCAUUGGACGGGAGAUCCGUCAAUCUGCCAGACGCCACAGUGCUGGUGUUCCUCGCCAUUGGGGCCCAGGCAACGGCCGCCGUGGUCGCCGUGGUCGUCGGGAUCACCCUGGCCCCACCGCCGCAGAGCAGGCAGGACCAAGCAACCCAUCUGCCGCCGUCCACCAUGCCUACCAGGCUCCCGCCGAGGCUGCAGCCCCGUUCCUGGGCGAGGAGGAGUUCUUCGACGCCGCCCAGGCCCCGCCACCGCCGGGCUUCUUCGGCAAUGGCAUGGACGCAGGCGUGGCCUUCUGUCCGGUGCACGGAUACGGCCCUUGCCCUGCCCGCGAUUUCUGCCCCGUGCACGGGUACGGGCCGUGCCCUCCACCGCCGGCCACUCCACCACCGGAACCGGAGGUCAUCGAUGAGCCGCUCGCCUACCCGGACCUCCCAACGCUGACGCCCGCCGACGAAGACGAGGAGCACUUCGCCCCUCCAGGCUAUGGCCUUGUGCCCGCCAUGAUGUAG